AAUGAUAUGUAUCAUAUCCCGUACCAUGUAUUUGCACCAACUCAAAGUCAGGCUCUCCUCACCUGCCCACAAUCUUCGCGUAAAUCGGAGCUUUAUGUUAAGCACUUCAACACAGAAGGAGCGGGUCAGUCGGACCGUCGCACAAUGAAGUCAUAAGCAACCACCGAAUGCGACUCCAAUUGGGACAAUCACUUUCUUCUCUUUUCGUGUAUUAUUAUCUUGUAUCAAUAUGCCAUUCAAACGCCCAGCAUCAACGCGUUCUCCGUCUUCUGGACUGUCAUCUGCAUCCGACUCGAAGGAAGAAAUUGCAAACCCACCGAAACGCUCCAAAGUCUCGAAAUCUCCUAAAGCGCUUCCAAAUGUGAAGGUUUACAUCAUACAAGCCAAGCUUAGUCCUCAGCAGGUGGUGAAACUGUCUGCGUUGGCAGAGAAGCAUUGUGCGAAACUAUGCAUGGACGUAGACGAAGCGGAUGUCGUGGUUACCGCGAUAUCCAUGAGGAGAAGGUUAGAGAGACAUAUGUCAUGGGAUGUCGCUACAAGCAAGGCGAUCGUUACUCCAGAAUGGCUGACCGACUCAGUCAAAGCGAGUCAUGCAUUGCCUUGCGAAGACUAUGUUGCAGUUGAUGAUUUACGUGCCAGCACUUUGAAAAACUGUCCGGAUUGUAACAAGUCUCCUUGUCAGUGUGACGACACCGACUAUGGUACCCCAAGGUCACCAGUCGUCUAUCCUUCACCACCGUCUUCACCUUCUGCUUCUACUAAGCAAAAAAUUCUUUCGAGAGACAAAUUACCUCUUAAGGACCUUGCAGAGCCUGCUGCUGCUUCAUCGGUUUCAAUACCUGCACACUUGCUUCCCCCACCUGAUCCUAUCCCAACCAAUUUGGAGCAGCUGUCAUACCUGUCAAAAUAUGCUUGUCAGCGUGCAUCUCCUCUCAUAUGCCCUAACCAAGAGCUUGCGGUUGAGCUUGAUAUCCUCAAGCGCAGUCGGGGUUUGGAAGGCGAAGAACGUAGCGCUUUGAGCUACGCGCGGGCGAUUAGUGUGGUUAAAGCAUAUCCACAUCGAAUCACAUCUAAGUCGCAAGUCCAGAAACUUCCGCAUUUCGGCGUGAAAAUUUGCUCACUUGUCGAGGAGUUCUUGGAUACCGGAGAAAUAUCAGAAGCUCGAUCGAUCGCUUCUUCGGAACGUUUCAAGACUCUAUCUGACUUUUCAUCCGUUUACGGCAUUGGUCCAAACGCUGCUCAGAAGUUGUAUAAUCUUGGUCUACGAACUCUCGAAGAUCUUGAGAUAUAUUAUGGGGUUGAUCCAACCGACAUCGAAACCAAUUUGAUAAAGCUCGAGAACGAGGAAGCUCCUCGUGGCUCUACGAGACGCAGUCAGGGUCAAAAAGACGAGCCUGGUGAGAGCUGGAUCAAGGUCGCCUUGGGGUUGCGUAACGAUCUGAUGAAGAAGAUUCCUAGAACCGAGGCGGAAGAGAUGUCUCGUAUCGUUAUGCAGGAACUCGAUGCAAUCGAGCCAGGCUGCGUAUCGACUAUCGUUGGCGGCUUUAGACGAGGAAAGCCGGAGGGUAACGAUGUCGACAUUGUGUUUACCCAUCCAGAUGGCGGCAUGGUUAAAGGUCUCUGUAGACAAUUAGUCCAGAGACUGCAUGAGCGAGGGAUGGUGACUCACGUUAUGCACUUAUCCAGUUUUCAUGGACCUAACCCUCUGCGGACCGCACACUGGGAUUCACUGGAAAAGGCGCUAACAGUAUUCACCCUUCCGAAGUCGUCCCCUCUCUAUACUGGUACUCGGAGACGACUUGAUUUGAUCUUCGCUCAUCCAGACGUUUACUGGACUGCGGUCAUUGGAUGGAGUGGGUCUGUCAUGUUUCAACGAGACCUUCGUCAGUGGGCCAAAGACAAGUACGGCAUGAAGUUUGAUAGCUCAGGGAUCACCCGGCGACAUGAUUCUAAACCGUUCUAUCCAAAGACAGAGAAGGAGGUGUUUGAACUCUUCGGGCUAGAAUGGGUGGGCCCGACCUGGCGAAAUGCGGAUGUCUAAUCACAAUGGUUUGUCGUCGUAUAUUCAGAGUUGACUUGACAAUGGCUCGGAUGGUUACGGAUAUUCAGCAUUGCUUAGUCCAUACGAGCUCGCGGUCUAUCGGCUGCGCUCAAUUGCAAGUGUACGCCCGUUGCAUAGCUGACAAUAUUCAAGGUGGUGGAUAGUCAUUUUGGUGGCUCCAUUGAACACGUUCCCCCUUUCGUGCCACCCAAAUACGUUCACAUUGUCAAGAAAUAAAGACAGCGCGGAAAUUAGAUCUCUUUCGGACGGAAUCGUCCCGUCGAAGUCCAAAGAGGUGUUGCGGUUGCUUACAACCCAUUGGACUUUGAUGAAAGUCGCUCCGAGCUUUUCCAUGAUGUCUAUGGUAUUUGGGCUGUCCGACAUUCGAAUUCGGAAUUAAUCACCGCCGGUGUGGUGUUGGACCAUGCACAUCGGCGAAGACUGCGCAUGAUGCUAUAAUUAUCGAUCAGGACUCAGUACUCGGGGGUACAAUAAUAGCACGUCUAUUUUUGG